AUGGCCGAAACAAUGACAGAGCCCAAAAAGCGCAAACAGACUGCCGCAGAUAAUCCUAUUGGACUUUGGACCAAGGAAUGCGAAACUUACCUCCUAGAACUUCUUCGGUUGGAAGGCCAUGGUGACUAUAUGUUUGCUGAAGCCUGUCCUAGCACCAGUGAAUGUGAGGGUUUCCCCGAGUAUCGGUGUCAGGAUUGUUUUGGUGUCACUCUCUACUGCAAGGCCUGCACAGUCACAAGGCACAAGGAAAAUCCAUUACACAGAAUCCAGCACUGGGUCGAUGGGCAUUUUAAAUGUACUAGCUUGAAAGACCUUGGUCUCCGAAUACAACUUGGCCAUCCAGUUUGGGGACAAUGUUGCAACCCAUCACCAGCGUUUCACGACGAUUUCAUUGUUCUGGAUGUGAACAGCAUUCACCAGGUUGCUGUUGACUUUUGCGCCUGUGAAAUUGCUCAGUCUCCUACCACUCAGCUCCUUUGUGCCCGCUGGUUCCCCGCAACGACUAUGGAUCCCAAAACUGCCGCAACAUUCCACCUACUUCACCAUUUUCACAUUCUCACGUUUGAAUCAAAGGCAUCUGCCUUCGAGGUCUGGCAAACACUUUCCAGGCUCACGGAUAACACAGGUAUUAGGACUCCAAAGGAUCGCUACGAGGCACUCCUGCGAAUGGUCAGGGAGUGGAGAAACAUCAAACUUCUCAAGCGGUUUGGGCGAGGACAUGAUCCUGCAGGUAUUGAUGCUACUCUGCAAGGAUCUUGCGCAGUUCUUUGUCCAGCAUGUCCUCAACCUGGCAAAAACUUACCACAGGGUUGGGAAGAUGCCCCUCAAGAAGUUCGAUGGCUCUAUGGACUUUUUCUCGUGAUUGAUGCAAACUUUCAACUGGCGCGGAAGAACGUGUCAUCAGACAUGGCCGACCCUGGCCUUAGCAAGGGGUGGGCGUACUUUGUUGAGGAACACAAAUACAAAAUGUUCCUCCAGGGUGUUAGCAAGCAGCCGCAAGAGAAAAGCACCUGUGUAAGCCACAAUGCCGUCAAUCUAGCAGAGACCAAGAAUUCCCGUGGCCUCGCAGCAACAGGAGCUGGGACUGUUGACUGCACACGUCAUAAUUUUAAACAACCAUGUGCUGUUGGCGACCUUCAGAAAGGGGAAAAAUAUAUCAAUAUGGACUAUCUAUUCUUCUCGACUAUACAACACACCAAGAAUCUUGUCACCUUAAACAUAUCAUACAAUAUAGCCUGUCAAUGGAACAAACACCUGUGGGACCACAUGUCCCGCAAAUUUGUGACAUUUCUAGUUCCAAAAUUUCACUUGCCUGCUCACAUUUUUGCAUGUCAAAUCGCCUACUCGCACAAUCUCGUGAAGGGCAUGGGUCAUACAGAUGGCGAGGCUCCAGAGCGCGGAUGGGCCAAUAUAAACCCUGUGGCUACCAGUACACGUGAAAUGGGCCUGGGUUCCUGA